AUGGGAAUAAUAUUUGAAGGUAAACCAAUCAAGGGCGCGCCAAGUGGUGGAUUGGCAAUGGUUUAUCCUACGAUUUGUUUUUCACCGUACGAUGAACAAAUGUACGGCCACCGUCAUGGAUUUUUUAAUGGAAAGAUGUCUAUAAUUCAAGUUUUCUUGUUACAAAUUAUUUUGGCUUUUGUUAUGACCAAAUUUGUUUACUAUUGUCUUCGACCUCUGCUUCGAUCAAAACCUGUUUGCUAUAUCUUGGGUGGUAUAAUUUUAGGACCAUCUGUGCUUGGGCGAAGCAAGAGAUACACGGACAUAGUUUUUCCAGAAAAUGAAAUGUUGAUAUUUAAUACAAUGGUCAAAAUUGGCAUAACAUACUAUACUUUUAUUACUGCUGUAAAAAUGGAUGCAGCCAUGUCAUUAAAAACUUCAAAAACUACUUGGAUUAUGAGUACAUUUUGCUUCUUUAGUCGCUUCAUAAUCAAUCGAUAUUUCGGUGAGAUGCUUAUAGCAAACAUUAGCGGAACGGUACCUUGCGUCGUAAGUGAUGAAUUAUCAUUAACAUACUUUAUUGUUAUUGCCGAGGCAAUGAAAGAACAUGAUCUUUUAACUAGUGAAUUAGGUCAACUUGCAAUGUCUACGGCUAUGUUAAUUGAAAUGACUUGUUGGGUUCCUCUUGUUACUAGAGCGGUAAUUUUUCAGUUAAGUUGUAUAGAUGCAAUUCGAGUUGUGCUUAUACUAGUUGCUCUAGCACUUUUCGGAGUCUACAUUUUGAGACCGAUGAUAAUUCGAAUUAUCGAAAUAACUCCGGAAGGAGAUCUCGUAAAUGAGAAUUAUAUAUAUGCAAUGCUCCUAGCGGCAUUGAUCAUGGCAAUGAUAACAGAUUUAUUGUGCGGUUCUUUGUUUCCUGGAGUUCUAAUUUUAGGGUUGAUCAUUCCAGACGGACCGCCCCUCGGUGCAGCUAUAGUAGAGAAAGCUGAACUUAUGGUUAUGGAGUUCUUUAUGCCUUUCUUCUAUGUCAUGGUUGGUUACCAUACAGAUGUGUCUUCUAUAUUCCACAUGGAUGGUUUUUUUCCUUUAAUGUUCCUUGUAGGUAUAACUCAUUUAAGUACUUUCAUCGGAACAAUGGUGGGAUCGAUCUUUUGUGAAAUAAAAUUGUGUAAUGCCGCAUUGCUCGGUAUGGUAUUGAACUUCAAGGGUGUUCUUGAUUAUGAAACUUACGGCAAAUGUUCUGUGAGAAAGGUUCAAGAUAAUGGCGUGUAUACUGCACUAAUAUUGUCAAGCCUUUUUAAGACUAUCAUCUACAAUAUUGUAUUGGACAUUUGGUAUAAACCUAAAGAAAGACUACUUAACUUGGCUCCUGAGGCACAACGUUUCAGAACACUCCAACUAGCGUCGCAUAUCAAAGAGCUACGUGUUCUUGCCUGCGUUCAUUCUCAAGACAAUGUCCGCGGCAUUAUUACUAUAUUAGAAGCCUCCAACCCAAGUGAAGCUAGCCCCAUUUUCGCCUAUGUGAUUCAUGCCAUUGAGCUUGUCGGGCGAGCAGCUCCAUUGCUAGCUCAAUACAACAAGAAGAUGCAGAGAAUUCAAUCUAAUAGCACAUAUCACAUUAUGCGUGCCUUUGUGAAUUAUUCGCGUAACUCACGAGGUCCUGUCUCGAUACGACCAUUCACUAUGAUUGCUCCUUAUAGAACUAUGCACAACAUCAUUUGCAACCAUGCUCGAGAUAAACACAUCCCUUUGAUCAUAGUUCCGUUCCAAGCAAAUCAAGAAGGUUAUAGUAUGGAAAGCAGUCAAAUUCGUGAUUUUAAUAUUCAGCUUCAAUUGAAUGCAUCUUGUACAAUUGGGCUCUUCGUAGACAAAGGAUUAAAUCAACGGAAUUUAGAGCAGUUCUCUUGCAACAUUGCUGUUAUUUUUCUAGGCGGGGCAGAUGACCGUGAAGCUUUAUCCCUAGCGUCAAGGAUGUCGAGAAAUCCUGACGUGAGUAUAACAUUGUUGAGAAUUCCGGUGAGAAGAAUCGAACGAAGUGUUAACGACUUCAUCGAGAACCGAUUAGAUGAGCUACUGGUUGAAGAAUUCAUGGAGAGAAAUUCUGAUAAUGCUUGUGUUGUUAGUCGCGAGGUGGUGGCCGAAAAUAGCUUCCAACUAUUAGCUCUAAUUCGAUCUCUAGAAAACGAUUACGACCUAGUUAUGGUGGGGAAAAUGCCGGUAAAAGCACAAUUUGUAGAAGAAAUGAGAGGAUGGGUAGAACAUCAAGAGCUAGGGUUAAUAGGAGAUGUAUUAGUUUCAACAGACAUUUGUAAGGGUAAAUUGUCUGUAUUAGUAUUCCAACAUUAUGUUGAAGGGGGUGAAUCUACACCCUAUCAAACCUCAGCAAGUGAAUCAUUAUCAAUUGAGGCUUGA